UAGUACACACACCCACUCGUGCAUACAACUGUAUGAUCGUCGCGUUUCCAUCUGUCUCUAAACUUCUCUUUUUUUGGGAAUUUUGUGAGAUUUUCGAACCCGAGCUGUGUGUGAGGUGCCGUGUGGAGACUUAGGUGUGGUCUGGCUGUAUGCAACUAUUAAGAUGACUGGUGGAAAAAGCACCAAUCACAAAUGAUAUGUUGCUAUGUCGAAGGUUUUAUGAGGUGCAGCUACUGAAUCAGGUCUAACCUGAGUGGUUUCGUUUUCCGACAGCUCCCUCUUGCGGUCACUUCCACUCUCAAUAAGUGAGAUCUGAUUCUAAACAGUUGAGUCCCUCUUGUAUAAGCAGUGGAUACAGACCGGUUUAUACAAAUAGGAGUGUGACAAUAACCCUCCUCAUCCGACCAGUUUUUUGAAAGGACACCUGGACUCUCUACUGAGUAGUUUGCACAAAAAUAUGAGUACUCAAGGAGAAAGCAAAGCCGGUGGUAAAAGCGAGUGUGCUGCUUGCAAAAAGGAAAUUAUUGGUCAAGUCGUCAAGGCCCUUGAACAGACAUGGCACCCUGAACACUUCAAGUGUAAAAAGUGCAGCCAGGAGCUGGCCACUAAAAAAUUCUUCCAGCGAGAUGACGAUCUUUAUUGCGAAGAAGAUUACCUCAAGUUGUUCGCGCCUCAUUGUGCAUAUUGUAACGGGCCUAUUAAAGAAAAAUGUGUAAAAGCCCUGAAUAAAACUUGGCAUCAGGAGCACUUUAACUGCACCCACUGUGGCCGGCAAUUUGGAGAGGACGGAUUUCUCGAGAAGGACGGGAAACCGUACUGUCGGAAGGACUUCGCUGAAAUUUUUUCACUUAAAUGUGGCGGCUGUAACAAGCCGAUCAACGAAAAAUACAUCUCUGCACUGAAAGGCCAGUGGCACGCCCAGUGCUUCGUUUGCAGGGAUUGUGGUCAGUCCUUCGAAGGAGGAAGUUUUUUCGAUCUGGAUGGUAAGCCAUAUUGUGAGAAGCACUAUCAUGCCAAACGUGGGACAUUGUGCGGGGGAUGUAAGAAGCCUAUCUCAGGUCAAUGUGUUACGGCCAUAUCCCAGAAAUAUCACCCAGAACAUUUUGUGUGCCACUACUGUAAGAAGCAACUGACCACGAGCAGUUUCAAGGAGAAGCAGGAUAAGCCUUACUGCGUCGAUUGCUUCCAAAAGUUGUAUGGUUAAUAAAAGCUUUCGCUCAUAAUGCAGUAAAAGCAUAACAACAACGAUUUAUGUUACAAUGCAAAUGUGAAUUUUUUUUUAAAUAUGUUUUAUCGCUUUUUAAGUUUCAUGUGCAUAAAGAACCAUUAAUUUUAGAGAAAAUAAGACAUUUUGUGUUACACAGAAACAAUAGGCUAAAGCAUCACAUAUUUAGCUGCAUUGUAAACUUAGAUCGUUUAGUGGCAACAUUUGUCUUUCUGAUUCUAACUGUAUUGUAAACUUAGAUCGGUCACUGGCAACAUUUGACUUUUCGAUUGUAGUUGUACUAUAAAAUUAGAUGAGUUACUGCCAACAGUUGACUGUCUGAAUAUAACUGUAUUAUAAACUUAGACUGGUUACUGCCAACAGUCGUCUUCUUGAUUUUAACUGUAUUAUAGACUUAGAUGAGUUACUGCCAACAGUUGACUUUCUGAUUAUAACUGUAUUAUAGACUUAGAUGAGUUACUGCCAACAGUUGACUUUCUGAUUAUAACUGUAUUGUAAACUUAGAUCUGUUCUGGCAACAAUCGACUUUCAGAUGUGAAAAAAAAGAGCUUGGAGUGGGCAUUUGUUUAUUAUGCUUUUGGUGACUUUGAUUUGUUAAGGAAAUAUAUAUAUUUUUCUUGAUGUCUUCCGUGAUCAAAUAGUAUACGAGCCUUUGAUGACUCACUUUCUCGUAUUACGUUGUAAAGGACUGACAGAUUUCUGGAUCAAAGACAUCGCUGUAUAGGAGUGUAAUGAUAAUUUUCUGUAAUAAACAAUGUAAAAUUGUAAUUGUCAUACCAAUAAUGUAAUGAAAGACACAAUAUUCGAUUUAUAAGAAAUAUUUGUAAUUACAUUAAAAAAAUUACAAUUUAAGUGUAGUAAGAAAAAUGCUAUUACAGUAAAUUGCACUUAAAAAUAAAAUUAAAGAAUUCGGUUGGUGCGUCAUAACCUCUGUCGAUCAAACGACUUAAAAUGUAUAGAUUGUUAAGAGAAAGGUAACAAGGCCUGUUCUCGAAAAUUGUUUUCAAGAACAAAAUAUAAUAAUUAUAAUUAUUAUCUUUUUAAUAAGAUCGUGCAGGGAUUUAAAGCUGACUUUAGGUUUGUUUGGUAAUAUUCAUCAUGUUAUUAGGCUUAAAAUGCAAAAAUAAAAAAUUUACAACCAAGAAAAUCUUAACCAUAUCAGUCUGUUUCAGAUUCGUUUGUUCAAGACACUUUUUAAUGGUUUUUUUUAUUAGUAGUAAAGUUUAACGUAUGAUAACAUUUUAAUGGUGUUUACUUUCCCCCUUUUCUUCAGAUUUAUAGUUUCUGUUACUAUAUUUAUCGCUCUUUAAAUUGCAAUUGCAUUAGUUUGUCAGAUAUAUUUUACAAAAAAAGGUUAGUGUUUGUAUUAUUGAUCGACGUGAAGUUCAGACGUCCAAACUUGAUACCCAAUAAAGUUGGGUAUGUCCUGUCUAUAAUGACACACACACAAAUUAUAGACGGACGCUACUAAAUUUUAUAUAUCUAUUAUAUUGCUAACCCUAAGCUAGAAUGAUAGUCCAUUAAAUAGGCUUUGCUAACGUCUUACAUUGUCGUCUGCCAAUCUAAAUAGGGAAGUUUUUCUUGCAGUCCAAACAUUCAACACUUUGUCAAACAUCUCAUCAACCUAAGUUUCAUUCCCCUCACUGCUCUAAAAAAAAAUAAAAAAUCCCACGAUGCGUUACCGCUGUGUCGUUUUUAUUCAUAACUGUACCAGUCACCUCGUAAUUCAAAUGUUUAUACGUACACAACGAAUGAGGGUAUAUACUAGACGAUGAAAACAACGUUUAUCUCGAGGACGUCAUUCGUACUCAACUUUAAACAGUUUAUCUUAUAUGUGCAAGUUUUUUGUUAUGAUACGAUAUCUGUACGGCCUUCUAAUCAUUCAGUUUAUUGUCAUUUUUAUCCAUUGUUGCCGCAGUUGAGCACGUGUUUCCCAUAUUGUUGACCUAUUAUAUGUCACAGUUGUCAAACCACAAAGGUCAAAUAAGCAUAGAUUAAGGAAUAUGCAUAAUUUUACUGCUCAGUUUUUUCUUUGAUUUGACUGUUGAUUAAAUUUAGCCAUAGUUAAAAUUAAUGUUACAAUCUAAGCUAAAAACAAGACGCUCAACACAUCACAUUCAACGAUCUUAAUUAAAUACUUUACAUUUUUCAACCUAAGUUAUUCUGUUGUAGCUUAUUUUUCGUGCUAUUGUAGCUUAUUUUUCGUGCUAUCAAUAUAUAGUAAUUUUAAGCUACUGUGGAUGAUUGAAACAUUUAUUUCUUAAUGUAAAUAGUGUUUACACUACAGUUAUUCUCUGGAAUUAUCUGAAUAAUUUUGAAUAUAAAUUUAAAAUGCAUAUAUAUAUACAUAUAAACCACGCGCUUAUAACAAGCAGUGCACCUGUGGCGAAUGUUCUUCUAAUAGAUUUACGUGUAUCUAGAUGUCUUGAUAAGUGUUUUAUGCACUAAUUUAAUCACAUACUCGAUAUACAUGCUAUAUGAUGUCUGUAGCACUGUUAUUAUUGUUACUUGGCAAUAAAACAGCUCUUAAGGGCACUAUAUAAAGUUCGUCCUUCUGUGCCGAUUUUCA